GUGCACCUGCAAUUAGUCGCGUCCUUCCUCUCGAGCAGUCAGCAGCAGCCAUGAGGAUAGUGCUCUUGUCCCUGUUGGUCGGCGCCGCCGUGGCGCUGCAGCCGCACAUGCCCGCCGACGUGGCGUCCAACGAGGUCCUGCAGAGACAGAUGGCCGGAGACUCGCUGCUCUCGGACAUCAUGAACCAGUGUUUCCACAGCCUCAACCUCGAGUCCAUGACCUGCAUGCGCGUCCGAGUGCUCAUGUACAUGAAUCAGCUCCUUGGGUCGAACCAGGGCCGUCAGCCGCAGUUCCACCCACACAUGCUCGAGCGCAAGGACAACGGCCCCAUCCCCGACGCCGUGCCCCGCGACGAGGACUCGAUGACCUCUGACGACAAAAUUGACGAGAUGAUCGCCAGCCGCGUGGCCAGAUACGCCAGGAGCCACGUGUUCCAGAUGCAACUGCCCGAGACCCUUUUCCAGAGCGCCAAGCUCACCUUCAACCCCAACACCUUCGACGUCGACUACUCCUUCCCCGCCCCCACCGCCCGCAUGAGCAGAGGAAUGGCUGAAGCCCGAGGAAUCCUGAAGAAGAAACUUCUGCUGCCCGUCCUGCUGCUGCUGAAGCUCAAGAUGAAGGCCCUGAUGCCCAUCCUGGUGUUGGUGUCGAGCAUCAAGGCCGUCAAGGCCCUGGUCAUCAGCAAGAUCGCCCUGUUGGUGGUCGCCGGCUUCGUCUUCCUGCAGCUGUGCAAGAAACUUGGCGGCGGCGCCGCCAUGAUGCCCGGCAUGAUGAUGCCCGCCGCCCCCGAGAUGACCCCCGCCCCCCCGUCCGCCGGCUACGGCGCUCCCCCCAUGCCCUACUCGGCCCCCUCCGCCCCCCAGAACUCGUACGGCCCCGCCGAGAACACCUGGGAACCUUCGGCCGCCGCCUCGUCCAACUCGUACAGCCGCGUCUACGACGCUCACCAACUCGCCUACAAGAGCUACUACAACCCCCAGGGCGACGCCACCGUCCAGCCCCAGCAGACCGCCUCCUCCUCUUCCUCCUCCGCACCUCAGCAGUAAUAUGAAAUUAAUUAUCCUUAAUUAGCGCUUCCUUUCGACCAAGUCAAUCAACGCUCAAAGACUUUUUCCUCCGACUGUACCUUUAAUUAUUACAAAACGCUGUACUUGCAUUUUUUUCUCCACUUUUGCUGUGCAGAAGUCUUACUUAAUUCUUGAUUUAAUUAAUUUAUUACCUAAUUUAUUUAUAUAUGUAUAAUGACGAUCAAAUGUAAGAGUUUAGACAAUAAAAUUUGAGAACUGACAAACUGAACAGAGAA